GAUAUUGGAGGCCCAAUAGUGGCCCAUUCUAAACCCUAAAAAUAUUGAAGUCUCUACUUACUUGCAAAUUGAGCCGCGAUUUCACUCCUUCUCUUUCCUCCGAGUUCCGAGCGGUAAAUCGACGGCGAAGUCUCCCUAACCCUUCUCUUCUCAACUGUAAUCAUGGUGAGAGUCAGUGUUUUGAACGAUGCUUUGAAAAGCAUGUACAAUGCUGAGAAAAGGGGUAAACGCCAAGUAAUGAUUAGGCCAUCCUCCAAAGUCAUUAUCAAGUUCCUUAUCGUUAUGCAAAAGCACGGAUACAUUGGCGAGUUCGAGUAUGUUGAUGAUCAUAGAUCUGGAAAGAUCGUUGUUGAAUUGAAUGGUAGGUUGAAUAAAUGUGGUGUUAUUAGUCCACGUUUUGAUGUUGGUGUUAAGGAGAUUGAAGGUUGGACUGCUAGGCUUCUCCCUUCAAGACAGUUUGGGUAUAUUGUCUUGACUACCUCAGCUGGCAUUAUGGAUCAUGAAGAGGCCAGGAGAAAGAAUGUUGGUGGUAAGGUCCUUGGAUUCUUCUACUAGGCUAGUUUUUUAUUAAGGAUCUUUUCUAUUUCAGUUUUUGAUUUACCGAAUGUAAUGGAGGAUGUACUAGUAUUUUACAAAUAUCAAGCUUAGCUGAAGCUGUUUUGGGAUGUGAUUUAUUUUGUUUUGUGAAACCAAGUUGAUUACUAUUAUUUAUCGGAUUCCUUUGUCGUUUCUUUUAUUAUACAAGAGUGUAUUGACAGUUUUGAUUGGUAAGUACUUUUUUUAGA